GGAACGAUUUUGCAGUCGGCCUGUUUGUAUUGGCCCUAUAUGCCCUGUAGGCUAUAUAAACAUCCCAAGAGGAUAACAUACUUCUGCUCAGCAGUCUCCGCCGCCGUCGCCUCCCACCGCUGCUCUCUCCUCCUGUGCUUGAAAAAGUGGAGAAACCAGUCACACCACUCCAGACCAGAAAUGGCUGCCGACCGGACCAGGACGACGUUGGAGGAAAAUGACGAAGUUCAUUCAUCAGAUUUGGGGUUGUCUCAGGAUCUCGGGUGUACGAUACCGAAGAGACAUGCCCGGGUUACCGUCAAGUACAACAGGAAGGAGCUGCAGAAGCGACUGGACGUGGAGAAGUGGAUCGACGAGAGCCUGGACCGGCUGUACUCUGGUCAGGAAGGUGAUAUGCCAGAGGAGGUGAACAUUGAUGACUUGAUUGACCUGCCUAAUGACGUGGAGCGAGUAAAAAAGUUGCAGGAGCUUCUUCGAAAGUGCAGGAACAACACAGAGACCUUCAUCAGAGAGCUGGUGACGAAACUGGAGGGAGUUCACAAGCAGGACGAGCUGCAGAGCGAAGGCAUCGAGCAUCCGAUCAUCUGCCACAGCCACUACCGCCACGAGCCCUACCACUUUAACAACCCACAACCACAAAACUUCCACCACGGCCGAGGCCAAAACCAGACCCUCUGACGACCCCUCCAACCAACAUAGUUCUAUUCGACUAUGGAAGGCAAAGAUCAUGGGGGGAAAUAGCCUAGCCUCAAAAAAAGGAAAAUAGUUUGGGGAAAUGCUCUUAUUUGUUUUUUUUUUUGCCAAAAGUUAGAUGAGAAGAUCAAUACCACUUUUAGAUAAUAUCUGUACACUAAUGAUGAAGCUAUAGCUGAGGGGGCAAUAUGCCUAGCUUAACAUAAAGGCUGGAAACACUGAACAACAACUAGUCUGGCUCUGUCUAAAGAUAGAAAGCUCACUAAUUGCUCACUAAUCAUAUGUGUUUUAUGGUGCUUUGUGACCCUAAGCCCUUUGUCACUUAUGUCCAUCAAAAGUGCAAUUCAAACAUUUGACUUACUUAACACAUUAUAUUUUCUACAGUCUUGGUUGUCUGGCAACCUCACAGUGAUGACAAGACUCCAGGACACUCUUCAUGGCCAAGAAAUAAUCAGGCAUGUAGCCAUAAACACGCAUUACUUCAGUCUACGGAUUGCAGAUUUUUAAACUUUGGACAGAUGCAGAUUGGCAGUUCCCCUGCUUCCUGUCUUUAUGCUAAACUAACAAGCUGCUGGCAACAGUCCAAUAUUUAACAGAAAUAUAAGAGUGGUAUCAAUCUUCUCAUCUGCAAGACAACAAAUAAGCACAUUUCUUAAAAUGUCCAACUAUUACUACUACAUCCUUUAACCACUUUAAUAACAGAUAUUUGUACAUAUUUCAUACACACAGUAACCCCAAAAGACCUUUAAUUUGCAGCUCCAAAACAGAUGACCCUUUCACUCGACUGGAAAGAAUUGUCACUAUCUAGCUCUCUCACUCUCUCCAUGUACCUGUGUUUGGAUGCAACAGUUUCUGGCCCUAACUGAUGAAGUAUCUAAUGAAAGUAGACGGAGGAAAGUAGGAUCAACAAAAAAACAAUAUACAGCUCUUUAUUUUUAAGAAACAUCCUGGUACGCAUUGAACAUCACACACACCGAUCACCCAAGGGUGGAUUUUGCAUUAAAAACAUCACUGUCAACUGUACACAGUUCCACCUUCCAGUGAACACAUGCACAUGUUAGCUGCACCUCUUUUUACGUAACGCUGGUAGAUUAGAUGCAAAUAUAUCACUUAUUUAACAUUUCUUCAAUUACAAUGGUCAUGAAUGUUAUUUAUUGUCAUGAUUACAGGAAAUGGAGAUAGAUCCAGCAUAGCAGUAUGAUGUAACACUGGAAAUAAUCCUGUUGCAUUGCUUACACCCUGAAGCUUUUUAAUAUUUCAUUUAUUCCUUUUGUUUCUGAGAUGUAUUGUUGCUACAUUUUCAGUUUUGUCAGUACUUUUACAAAAUGUAUAUUUUGCAAAGAGACACUAGUCCUUUGCAGGGAUUGCUAAUAAACGUGUAUCUUUCA